AACAUUUUCAAUAUCUAUAUUCCUCCUCAGGUUCAAAACAUUCAAGUUUUAAAAUUACAGAGAUGGGCUUGAAACAAGUACAAGUGCUCAUUUUGCUACUAACUGCUGCUUCUAUGGCAGCUGUUGGAAUGGCAGAUAAGAAGAUUUCUGCCACCCAACGUUGGAACUUUGGGUUUAAUUACACAGACUGGUCUGCCAAACACCGAAACAAUAAUACUAGAUCUGGGCCCAACAGAAUUAUCGUCGGUGGGUCUGCUAAAUGGCAGUUUGGAUUCAACUACACUGAUUGGGCUAUGAAAAAUGGCCCAUUCUACCUCAAUGAUACUCUCGUGUUCAAGUAUGACCCUCCAGUCGACAACUCCUCGCACCCUCACAGUGUGUAUUUGUUCACCAACUUCUGGAGCUUCUUGAACUGCGACCUGACCCGAGCUAGUCGACUGGCGGACCCGACACAAGGAGGUGGAGAGGGAUUCGAGUUCCGGUUGAAGAGGUGGCAGCCGUACUUCUUUGCCUGCGGUGAAAGUAAUGGCGUCCAUUGCAACCAGGGACUCAUGAAGUUCGCUGUCAUGCCAUUGUCUCGCCGCUGGCAUGGGUGAUGCUGCGGGAACUAGCUAGGCUUGGGAAGAUGCAGUGCUGCCCACGAGAAUUUUCUAGUUUUCCAUUUAUACGAAUAAUGCAAUUUUUUGUUUCGCUUUCUUUUUCUUUAUUUAUUUUUUUUUCGAUUUCUGUUGUGGAUAACAUUUGUUAUCGACUAGUAAAAGUUUGCGAGAGUAAUGAAUAAGCGAGAGUCGAACCCAUUUUCUCACCUGUAGACACAAAGAAUUAGGAUUACUCAAGAUCUACUGACUUGUGUUUAGGAGUGAGAAAAUGUGUCUAGAAAUAGAAAACCUAAUUACUGUUACAUUUUUAUAUAUCUAUUCUUGAAUAGCUAUUGA